AUGAGCUCUCGUACUUCUACAACAGAAACUACUACUCCUACCACCACCACGAUCGCUCCUACUUCUAACACAGAAACUAGUACUACCACCACCAAGAGCGCUCCUACUUCUACCAAGAAACCUACUUCUCCUACAACCACCACGAGUGCUACUACUUCUACCACAGAGCUUGCUACUCCUACCACCACCACGAGAGCACGAAUUUCUACCACAGGCCCUUCUAGUCCUACCACCACCACGAGCGCUCCUACUUCUACCACAGAAACUAUUACUCUUACCACCACCACGAGCCCUCCUACUUAUACCACAGUCCAUGCAACACCUACCACCACCACAAGCGCUCCUACUUCUACCACAGACACUACUAAAAUGACCACCACCACGAGCACUCCUACUUCUACCACAGAAACUACUACUCCUACCACCACCACCAGCAAAACUACUACUCCUACAACCACCACGAGCACCACUACUUCUACCACAUACACUACUACCCCUACCACCAACACGAGAGAACCUACUUGUACCACAGUCCCUGCUACACAUACAACUACCACUAGCGCUCCUACUUCUACCACUGAAACUACUACUCCUACCACCACCACGAAUGCUCCUACUUCUACCACAGAAACUCCUACUCCUACCACCACCACGAGCAGCACUACUUCUACCACAGAUACUACUACUCCUACCACCACCAGAGGAGCACCUACUUGUACCACAGACCUUGCUACAACUACCACUACCACGACAACUACUUCUACCACAGACACUACUAAUCCUACCACUACCACGAGCACAACUACUUCUAUCACAGACACUACUACACCUACCACACCCAUGAGCGAUCCUACUUCUACCACAGACACUACUACUCCUCCUACCACCACGAGCACUCCUACUUCUACCAGAGACCCUACUACUCCUACCACCAACACUAGCACUCCUAUUUCUACCACAGAAUCUACUACUUCUACCACCACGGCAAACCCUGCUACUCCUACCACCACCACGAGUGCACCUACUUCUACCACAGAAACAACUACUCCUACCACCACCACAAGUGCUCCUACUUCUAACACUGAAACUACUACUCCUACCACCACCACGACUAUUACUACCACCACCACGAGUGCUCCUACUUCUACCACAAGAACUACUACUCCUACCACCACCUCGAGCACUCCUACUUCUACCACAGACACUACUACUCCUACGAUGAACACGAACGCUCCUACAUCUACGAAAGAAACGUUCCUACUUCUGCCCCACAACUACUACUCCUAUAACCACCACGAGCGCUUCUACUUCUACCAAAGACACUAUUACUCGUACCACAACCACGAGCGCUCCUACUUCUACCACAGAAACUACUACUCCUUCUACCACGACGAGCGCUCCUACUUUUACCACUGA